AUGCUCCCUCUCGUCCUGCUGGGCAUACGCACGGCGCUCAAGGAGGACCUCGCGUGUACGGUUUCCGAACUGGUUUACGGCACUACCCUGCGUCUCCCCGGCGAUUUCUUUCCACCGACCGAUCGACCUCCGCCAGAUUACACAACCUACGCUCUUCGCCUCAGGACGCUGAUGAACAGUCUUUCUCCUACUCCGACCCGCGCUGCUGAACCUAAGUCUCCGUUCGUGCCUCCCGACCUCGAUACUGCCACACAUGUAUUCCUGCGGCACGACGCAGUGCGCAAGCCGUUGCAGCCCCCCUACGGCCCCUUCAGAGUUUUGUCACGCUCCGACAGCCACUUCACGGGGCAGCUUCCCAGUCGGCAGGAGGUUGUCGCCAAAGCCCGCCUGAAAUCCGCUAAUCUGGAGUCCGGCACAACGCCUGCCCCUCCUGCACCCGCGUCGCUCAACACAAUGCCUCCACCACGACGGUCCCAGCCUCGUCGACGCCAUGUACACUGGGCGCUUCCGCUUUCCCGGGAAGGGGGCCCCUUGUAG